GUCAAGCGUCCUGAACACACCAACAGAAUGACAACAUUACGAGCUUUCACUUGCGAUGAUCUUUUUAAAUUCAACAACAUCAAUUUGGACCCCUUAACGGAAACGUAUGGCAUUCCAUUUUAUCUGCAGUACCUUGCACACUGGCCGGAGUAUUUCAUUGUUGCUGAGGCUCCCGGUGGGGAGCUGAUGGGUUACAUCAUGGGAAAGGCAGAGGGAUCCGUGGCACGGGAAGAGUGGCAUGGCCACGUCACUGCUCUCUCAGUAGCCCCAGAGUUCAGACGCUUGGGACUGGCAGCCAAACUCAUGGAGAUGCUGGAGGAGAUCUCAGAGAGGAAAGGCGGAUUCUUUGUCGACCUGUUUGUUCGAGUAUCAAACCAAGUGGCUGUGAAUAUGUAUAAGCAACUGGGUUACAGUGUUUACAGAACGGUAAUCGAGUAUUAUUCAGCGAGUAACGGAGAACCAGAUGAAGAUGCCUAUGAUAUGAGGAAAGCUUUAUCAAGAGACACAGAAAAGAAAUCCAUCAUACCGCUUCCUCAUCCUGUUAGACCAGAAGAUAUAGAAUAACACUCAGAUGUGGCUCUCUGAUUCCAUCUGUCACCCCAUAUUGGGAAUAAUGGGCUUAUUGGAUUUACAAACAUGUUCCCAGCAAUGUGAAUAUCAUUAUUGGAAACUAUUAAUAGAUCAUAUAUUGUCAGAGUGCCACUGAAUUUAUAAAUAUUUAUAUAGGCUUUCUUUUCA